AUGCGCCUAGUAAGCACCUGCGAGGACUCGACAGACCCUUUCAAGGUGGAGGAGUUCAAAGAUGAACAUGUUCCCCGCUACGCGAUCCUCUCGCACACCUGGGAUGAAGAAGAGGUUUCCUUUCAAGAUAUGAGCGAUGGCAAUGCAAUGAGGAAGAAAGGGUACAAAAAGAUACAAGACUGCUGCUCUGUCGCGAGAAAAGAGGGCUUCGAUUAUGUCUGGAUAGAUACAUGUUGCAUUGACAAGACAAGCAGCACUGAACUGUCCGAGGCAAUCAAUUCCAUGUACCGUUGGUACCAAGAUGCCCAUGUUUGCUACGCCUUUCUAGCAGACGUCGACUGGCCGACUGAACUAGCCAGCAGCAGGUGGUUCGAGAGAGGCUUCACCCUUCAGGAGCUCAUUGCUCCAUCAACUGUGGUCUUCUACAGCCGGAGCUGGAUCGAGCUAGGUACAAAAGAAAGCAUGAAAAGCCAGAUAUCCGAUCGAACACAUAUCCCAAUCGGCGUCCUUUCAGGCACUGACAGUGUCGAAGAUGCAAGUGUUGCACAGAGGAUGUCCUGGGCUUCAAGCCGCAAGACCUCACGACUGGAAGACGAGGCGUACUGUCUCAUGGGUAUCUUUGGGAUCAACAUGCCACUGCUGUACUGGGAAGGAAAGGCGGCGUUCCUCCGAUUGCAGGAGGAGAUAAUGAAGGUGUCAGAUGACUACAGCAUCUUUUGCUGGAAAUCAGAGCAUCCAGGCCGCGGCGGAAUACUCGCAGACUCUGCGAAUGCGUUUUCUGACUCGAGGGAUGUCGUCCUCACGCAGGAUCUCCUGCUGACGAGUAAGUUCCCUUGGACCACAACAAACAAGGGUAUCCAUUUGGAACUAGCGUUUAUGGGAAUUGGCCAUGGAUGCUUGGGUCUUGGUGUCCUACCCUGUAUACGGCUUGACAAGCGACAUAUGUUUCUUGCAAUUUGGCUGCGAGACCAAUCUCGGACAAUGGAGCGCUUUGAACGAGUUAGAUGUCAUGAAUUGGAGCUCAUUGACUUGACAAUUUUUGUGCCUUGGCAAUUUCCUUUGAGGCAAAUAUGCAUCCAACGCCGGCGCUUGGCUGUGACGGACAGACGAACCGACCACCUCAACCUCCCAUAUCCGAUGAAGGAUUCGCACAUGGACCGUAAUUGUCACAGAAGCUCUCAUGACAACGACUUGGGGUGGAUCGAUAACUGGCUAAGAGUACCAGAAGUCUAUAUGACGAACCAAUCACCUAUCCUAGGCAAGAUCCGAAGUGUCAACCACAGAGAGGAUUCUGGAUUGACGGGGCUCUUUCACGCCGCGGCCACGGGAAAUCUGGAAGAGGCCCAGCGUUUGCUCUCCAGAGUCAAAGUCAACCUGCAGGAUGCUGAAGGGAGAACCCCAUUGUCUUAUGCCGCGGCGGGUGGGCAUUCCAUGAUUGUAUGGUUGAUGUUACUGGCUCGGCACAAGGCCAAAGCCAACAUGCUAGACAAACUCGGGCGAACCCCUCUAUCGUAUGCAGCAGAAGGUGGUCAUGGUGAUGUGGUAUGGCUGUUACUUAGUCUUGGUGACAUCGUGGUGCACUCUCCGGACAAUCUUGGCCUCACGCCUUUGAUCUAUGCGGCCAGAGGAGGGCAUGAGAGGAUUAUAGAUAUGCUUCUGGGACGAGACGGCUUUCAGAAUUAUCUGAAGGACAACGAUGGGCGCACGGUUCUUUUACAUGCAUCAGAGGGAGGUCAUGUGGCUGCCGUGAGGAUCUUCCUGACCAGAACUAAAACUGGACCUGAUAUGCAAGAUAAACACGGCAAAACACCCCUACUGCUUGCGUCAAUGAAUGGACAUGAAGAGGUCGCAAGAGCUCUACUUGCUUACGGAGCUGAGGUGGAGACAAGUACCAAGUUCGAUGAAACGCCACUAUGGGUUGCAGCCUUGAACGGACAUGAGGGUGUCGUCCGGCUCUUGCUUCCUCACAACUCCAGCAAACUCGACUGGACAGAUAGAACCGGAAGAACCUUGCUUCAUUGGGCAGUGAUUAAAGGACAUGCCUCAAUCGUGGGACUGCUACUCCAUUAUGGAGCAAGCUGGAAAUUGAGGACUGAACCCUACAACACUGAUGCGAUCACUCAGCUUCUACUCGGCCGUGGUGCUACAGCUAACAGGCUGGGGAUUGAGGGAUGGACUCGGCAACAAUGCAAUCUCGACCGCAGUCUCCGAUAG